AUUUACUUAAUUUCUGUGCAUCUUUAUUAUUUCCUUCUUGUAUUUCUUUGGUUUCAUUCUAUAUUCUUUUUUUAACCUAAAAAGUAGAUACUGAGCUCAUUUAUUUUGAGCUUAGUCCUCUAUUUCUAAUAUAUGGGCCAUAGGUUUUUCUCUUAAUAUCAGUUUUUGCUGUGUCCUGUAUGUGUUGAUAUGCAGUAGAUUCAUUCUCAAGCUGUUUUAAGUAUGUAAAUGUCCACAAUUAUUUCUUUCUUUACCUUUAUUAAUAUAAAGAAUAAAUUUCUUUAUUAAUAUACAAAAACUAUGGAUUUUUCUAAAUCAUAUUUUUAUUACUGAUUUCAUGCUUAAUUUUAUUCUAGUCAGAGUGUGUGUUGUACAACAGCCACUUUCUGUGGUGAUAAAAAUGUUCUCUAUCUAUAUUGUCCAAUAUGGUAGCCUCUAGCCAUAUGUGUCUUUUGAGCAUUUGAAGUAUGGUCAGCGUGAAUGAGGACCAAACAUUUACUUUAAUUCUACUUAAUUUAAUUUAAACAGCCAUGUGUAGCUAGUGGCUACAAUAUUGGGCCACCAGCCACAUGUAGCUAGUACAGGUUUAUGGAAUACCUGGUAUGAACUUUGUUGAAACUUGUUUUAUAUCCUCCUGCAUGUUUAAUUUUUAUAAAUAUUCCAUGUAAGUUGAAAAGCAUUUUUAGUUUACUCAUUUUUAUGCAGUAUGAAAUAUGUUUAAUUAGCUUGUUUUUUAAGUGUAUUGUCCAUAUCUUCCAGACAGUAACUGAUUUCUGCACUGUUUGAUCCACUAGAUACUGAUAUCUUAUAGAUACUUUAAAAUUCUGAGAGAUGUUUUAAAACAUGACAGUAGAUUUGUCAAUUUUCCCUUCAUCUUCCAUUAAGCUUUGUUUUUGGACCUUUGAGCUAAGUCAUUAGGUGCCCACAAAUCUUAUUACAUCUUCCUGAUGAAUUAAGCCUUUUAUUUUUAUAUAGUGAGCCUCUUUCUCUUAGGUAAUGCUUUUUUCCCAAAGUCUAUUUUGUCUGGUAUUAAUAUAGAUGCUUCAUAUGUCUUCUGCUGAUUUAGUUUAUGGGCCUACUGAGAAGGAGUGGCUGGAGUUGGAGGCUGACUGAUGGCCACAAAAUGAGUCAGUUACUUUGUCUAUCUGGUUUUUGAGAUCCUCCUUCACAGUAAAUGGUGGGUUUUCAGAAAAGGGAUAUGAAUGGAGCUCAGAAGAGGAAGAGUCAGUGAAAAAGGCAGGACCAGUCCAAGUCCUCAUUGUCAAAGAUGACCAUUCCUUUGAAUUAGAUGAAACUGCACUAAAUCGGAUCCUUCUUUCGGAGGCUGUCAGGGACAAGGAGGUCGUUGCAGUAUCUGUGGCUGGAGCAUUUAGAAAAGGAAAAUCAUUCCUGAUGGAUUUCAUGUUGAGAUACAUGUACAACCAGGAGUCUGUUGAUUGGGUUGGAGAUUACAAUGAGCCAUUGACUGGUUUUUCAUGGAGAGGUGGAUCUGAACGAGAGACCACAGGAAUCCAGAUAUGGAGUGAAGUCUUCCUUAUCAAUAAACCUGAUGGUAAAAAGGUUGCAGUGCUGUUGAUGGAUACUCAGGGAACCUUUGACAGUCAGUCAACUUUGAGAGAUUCGGCCACAGUAUUUGCCCUUAGCACAAUGAUCAGCUCAAUACAGGUAUAUAACUUAUCACAAAAUGUCCAGGAGGAUGAUCUUCAGCACCUUCAGCUUUUCACUGAGUAUGGCAGACUGGCAAUGGAGGAAACAUUCCUGAAGCCAUUUCAGAGUCUGAUAUUUCUUGUUCGAGAUUGGAGUUUCCCAUACGAAUUUUCAUAUGGAGCUGACGGGGGCUCCAAAUUCUUGGAAAAACGCCUCAAGGUCUCAGGGAACCAGCAUGAAGAACUACAGAAUGUUCGAAAACACAUACAUUCCUGUUUCACCAAAAUUUCCUGUUUUCUGCUACCUCAUCCUGGCUUAAAAGUAGCUACCAAUCCAAACUUCGAUGGAAAACUGAAAGAAAUAGAUGAAGAAUUCAUCAAAAACUUGAAAAUACUCAUUCCUUGGCUACUUAGUCCUGAGAGCCUAGAUAUUAAAGAAAUCAAUGGGAACAAAAUCACUUGCCGAGGUCUGGUGGAGUACUUCAAGGCUUAUAUAAAGAUUUAUCAAGGUGAAGAAUUACCACAUCCCAAAUCCAUGUUACAGGCCACAGCAGAAGCUAACAAUUUAGCAGCCGUGGCAACUGCCAAGGAUACAUACAAUAAAAAAAUGGAAGAGAUUUGUGGUGGUGACAAACCAUUUCUGGCACCUAAUGACCUGCAGACCAAACAUCUGGAGCUUAAGGAAGAAUCUGUGAAGCUAUUCCGAGGGGUGAAGAAGAUGGGUGGAGAGGAAUUUAGCCGGCGUUACCUCCAGCAGUUGGAGAGUGAAAUAGAUGAACUUUACAUCCAGUACAUCAAGCACAAUGAUAGCAAAAACAUCUUCCAUGCAGCUCGUACCCCAGCCACACUGUUUGUUGUCAUCUUUAUCACAUAUGUGAUUGCUGGUGUGACUGGAUUCAUUGGUUUGGACAUCAUAGCUAGCCUCUGCAAUAUGAUAAUGGGACUGACCCUCAUCACUCUGUGCACCUGGGCAUACAUCCGGUACUCCGGAGAAUACCGAGAGCUGGGUGCCGUAAUAGACCAAGUGGCUGCAGCCUUAUGGGACCAGGGAAGUACAAAUGAGGCUUUAUACAAGCUUUACAGUGCAGCAGCAACCCACAGACAUUUGUAUCAUCAAGCUUUUCCUGCACCAAAGUCAGAAUCUACCGAACAAUCAGAAAAGAAGAAAAUUUAAUCCAAACUUUAAAGAUACAGGUGCAUGACCAAAAUGUCAGUUAAAUAUUGUUUUAUGUCUCCAUGCAAACAUUCAAAGUGCUUCCAUCAGAACAGAGUAAAACACCAAGCACCUCUGAAGACUGCAAAAGGGUUUUAGUUCUUUUACUUCAGUGUUUAAUAAGCAGAUGUAUAUAUGCAUGGUUAUAUCAUUUGGUUAACAUGUACAGUUUCCUGAUUUAGUCUUCAAAUAUGCUGUUAUAAUUUAAAGAGUUUGUCUAUUUAUGGUAACAGUACCUGUGUUCUGCUUGAAUUUACUAAAUUCUAAUAUCAGGUUAUAGUUAAACCAUGUAGUAAUACUACUCCACAUUUGGAUAUGCUCAUUUUAUUUCUAUAGAAGAAUUUUUAAAUUAUUCACAUUGUCAUUUGUUAAAGAAUUGCAUAACUCCCGUAGGCUUGAUUCAACCUAUACCAUCUUACAUAUCCCAUUGGCUUUUAUUUUAAAAGACAUUUAAAAGAGCUUUUCAGUUGCUUUAUCAAAAACUAUAUAUUGCUUCUUCUAUAUUAUGAUUUAAUAUAGCAUAUAAACCUCUUGAUCAAAAAAUGCACAAAAAAAUCACUCUGUAUAUGUAUUUGAGUUUCACUGCAUUGUAUAUUUUUUCAUUUGGUACACAGAGAAAUGUAUUCAUUAUAGGUUUAUUCUUUUAACAUGUGAACUAUUAUUAAAGUUUACUCUGGUUCCUAAGAUUAAAAACAACUGAAUUUGGAAAUGCUUGGGAGGCACUGAUAGAGAAGGAUGGUUUUGCUCUUUUUUAAAAAAAUUUCAAAAUGCAUUUUCUUUAAUGUUGACACCAUUACAAAUUUAGAUAUCCAUUUUAAAAGGUACCCUUUUAAGUACCUUCCAGUUCUUUUAAACCAGUGAUUCUGUAUUGUCUUUCUAAGUACUAAAAUCUGUGGUGGAAUUUCAUUGAGUGUACUUUUUAGAGAAAAAAAAAAAAGUGAUGUCACCUAUCUGAGAGCUCUAAAACACUAAUUUCUACCUUUCUUAGAAAAGGCUAAAUUGUAAUUAAAUUAAGCAGUAAUAUUAAGUAAGGAGUAAAGAAUGAUUAAGAUGGAAGAGUGUGUGAGAAUUCCUAAGAUAUAUAAACUCCUAUCUUAAAAAAAGGCUAGUCACAUGCCUGCAAAAUAACUUUUCUCACUGAUAAAAUUCUGCUAGCCCAUUUUCAUUUUCCAGUACCCCUUUCAUUAUAUACUCUUUCCUUUGUCUCUAGGCCUUCUGAAUAGAAAAAUCAAAUAUUUCUAAGCACUAUGCACAAAACAUGGACUCAAAUGCAACACAUUUAGUUUCCACAAAAAUAUAUUUAAUAAGCUUGUUAUAUAAAAUCAAACAUUUAACACUUUCAACAUUUUAUCAAUAAUUCAAACUUACUGGUAUCUAAAUCUGGGAGUUUAUAUUUUGGAAGGUAACCUAAAUGAAGAAUUUAUUUACAUAUUUACAACACAUGUAAAUAUAACUAGAGCUAUUUCAACAAGUGUUGAAAUUCACAGAAUUUUGUAGGCUACAUGUGCCAUAAAUUUGCCUGCAAUCAAAUGUACUAUGCUAAUUAUGAACAAUGUCUUAAUAACUACUAAACCAAAAGGGAAAAAAUGAGGGGGAAAUACUGGGGUUUUAAAGUUGUGUGACAAACUCUUACAAGAUAAAAGAUCUGUAAAUCAAUUUAAUGACCAAGAUUUCUUAAUGAAUCCCUGAUUGUCAUUUUUGGCAGCUCAACCCAGUCCAUCAGGAUGGCAACGUGCUAUGCUGUUGGGAACCCUCCAGUGUCUCAUCAGAAUCACGUUACUAAAUGCCAUAAGAGCCCUGGCACAAAGUAAGGAAGUUAUAUUAGGAACUGUGACUGCUGUACACACCUUCCCACACAGGCUUGGGCCUUAUGCCUAAUUUAAUUCCUGAAAGAUUACAGGUCCUUCACCCUUUCAGACCAAAAAAUACUUUUUCAACAUGUUUUAAAAGGGUUCUUUACAUUUGGGGGCAGAGGAACUUCAUACAUUAUAUACAAAAAUUUAUCACCCAAAUCCCAUUUUAUGUUUUGAAUGGUAAUAUUUAAACCAUCCAAUUCCAGGCAAUAUUCCACAUGAAAGCAGUAGACAUCUUUUUUUAAAUACUGCAUAGGUUAUCUCUCUGCUUUUUU